UUUUUGGUAGUAUAACAAUCCAAACUUUCUGAUUCUCAACAGUUACAUCGUUUUAUAAAAAGGUUUCUUAUUCACUCUGCUUAAAUUCUUAAGAGUGGUGCUCUACUCUUUGCAUAUAUUAAACUCUUCUCAAACCUACUGAAAAGUAUCAACAAAAUUUAAUUUAACGGGUUAAUUCAGUUGAUAAUUUACGACCAAAAGCUUAGAAACAAGAACCAUAAACAAACACUGCAGCCAUAAACAAAAAAAAAACCGCUGCUCAAAAUAGUUGCUCUAUUUAUUUUUGCAUAGUAUUUAUUUCGGUAUAUUUUGCAUGUAUACUAUUUAUGCAAAUAAAUAAACUUUAAAAAGACGUUAAAAUUCAGCAGUACUCGGCGAAAUUUUUGCGCAAAAUGUUUUACGAAAUUAUAAGAAACUAUAAUCACAUCACCCGAUACACCAUAUAUGGUCAUGGAGUGGCGCUAACCAUUUUCAAACGGUUUCGGUAUUCUGUUGUUUCUAAAACGCACAGCUAAUAUCACAGUCUAAACACACAAAAGAAAGGAAUAUUUAAUGGCGCUAUUAAAAGAACAACCACAAUGAGAUUCUUUGUCUGAAGUAUGCCAAGCUCCACUUUCCCUUUGAAGUUCUCUCCAACUUUGGUAAAAAUGCAUUAUUCCAACUCAAGCAGUGAUCCACAAAGAAUACUUUCUGCUAUUUCUAGUGGUCCGUUUGAGUGCCAUUGGGCUGAGUGUGACAAAAAAUUUGUUUUCUUGGAUAAACUAGUCCAUCAUGUCAAUGAACAGCAUGUGCGUAUGGAACAAUCCGAUGUAGAGUAUCAGUGCAAGUGGACAGGCUGUCUCCGUCAUGGCAAAGGCUUUAAUUCCAGAUACAAGAUGUUAAUUCAUAUUCGUACUCAUACCAAUGAAAAACCACACAACUGUUUAUUAUGUGGAAAGUCUUUCUCUAGAUUAGAGAACCUUAAAAUCCACAAACGGUCUCAUACAGGAGAAAAACCUUAUGUUUGUCCUGUUGAUGGUUGUCUCAAAGCUUACUCCAAUUCAAGUGAUCGCUUCAAGCACAUACGAACACAUAAGGAAGAAAAGCCAUAUGUUUGCAAAAUACCAGGCUGUAAUAAACGAUAUACAGAUCCUAGCUCUCUGCGAAAACAUGUACGGACAUAUGGGCAUUAUUUUCACAGCAAUAAUCAUUUAAAAGAGAAACCUUCACAUUGCCCAAGUAAAUUACAUACAUUUCCCACCUCUCACAUACUUGACUCUCAUUCGGAUCAGUCAGUUUUCUGCAUCCAAAAUAAAUAUUUACCAGGUCCAAACAUCCUCUCUAGUCCAUUAUCUUCUUUUUCAAACAACCAUGUGACAUUUCAGAACCAAAAUAACCUUUGUGACUUAACGUUUCCUCAAGACAAAAAGGAAUUAGGUGUUGAAAAUUUGAUACAAACAAAUGUUGAAGACUGUCAAGAUUAUCCUUUAGACUUAUCAGUUAUGCACUCUGAAGCUUCGUCUGAAUAAAAGUAGUCUUUUGUUGUUGUUUUUUAA